AUGGAUUUUCCGGCGAUUUCAGCACCUUCAGGCGUCGCGUCGUUGGACGUGGAGGAGUUUUUGGAUGCGGCAGAUGGUCCUCCGAGGCAAGGCGCCGCCGGCGACCUGGCCGAGCCCUCGCCUCGGCUGGUCUUGGUGGACGUGCGGUCACCCGGCGAGUUCGCUGUCGGGCACGUCCCAGGUGCGAUGAACAUCCCGCUCUUCGACGACGAGGCACGCGCGACCGUGGGCACCGACUUCAAGCGCAGGGGCCGCUUCGAGGCCAUCCGACGAGGCCUGCAGCUGGCGGGGCCGAAGUUCGCAAGCUUCGUGGACGCCUUGCAGGAGCUGGGGGCGAAGCCGGGCUCGCGCCUGCUCGUGUAUUGCUGGCGCGGCGGGAUGCGCAGCGGCUCCAUGGCCUGGCUCUUUCAACUCUGCGGCUACCAGGUUCAAACCUUGAAAGGUGGCUACCGCGCGUUCAGGCGAUGGUGCAGGGCAACAGUAGGGAACGAGCAUGCGCCAGCACCGGCACCGGUGUUGGUGCUGGGGGGCUGCACCGGUGUUGGCAAGACCGCAGUGCUGUGUGAGCUCCGGCGGCGAGGUGAGCAGGUGCUCGAUCUCGAGGGGUUGGCCAACCACCGUGGCUCUGCGUUCGGUGCUAUUGGCCAGCCCGAGCAGCCCAGCAAUGAGGCCUACGAGAACAUCCUCGCCUUCGCCGUGCGCCGCGUGAAGCCUGGUGCGCGGCUCUGGCUCGAGCACGAGUCGAGACACGUCGGCAAGGCACUUGUCCCGUCUGGCAUCCUGUCUUGGGUUACGAAGCCCAGUGCCAUGCUCAUUCUCUCCAUGGAGAAGCCCCUGCGGGUACAGAGGCUGGUGGAAGACUAUUGUACCCAGGCGAAGCUACAAGAACGUGGUAAGGAAGAGCUGAAGCAGUGUAUCUCUCAAGGUUUGGCCAAGAAGUUGGGUGGUCAACGGGUCAAGGAGGCAUUGCAGAUGUUGGAUGAAGGACGCUGGGAGGAGGUUGCCGCAAUGAUGUUAGACUAUUACGACAAGCUCUACGACACCUGGGCCAGGCAGAGCGAAUGCCUGGAGCGAAUUGAUAUUGACUGUCCGAGCGCGGACGCCGCCGCGAAUGCCGAGCUGGUGCUGCGAACGCUCGCCACUGAAAGGCCCGAGUCCCGGUCGCCGGAGCCGGAGCCGAUGGCGGAAGCCCAGAGGCCGUCGAAGGACGUCACAGAGGGAGCCCUCUACGAGGGGGCCUGCUACUGUGGCGAGGUGCGAGUGCGAUGCCGGGGGGAGGCGCGGGCCAUCAGCUACUGCCACUGCUCCGUUUGCAGACGCCUUUCCGGAGCACCCUUCUCCUGCCAAGCCCUCUUCCAAGACGACCAGGUAUCCUUCGAGCUUCAGCCCGGGGCCAGCCUCGUGGCGCUGCGCACCUCCAAAGGCGUGGAGCGCAGUCGCUGCGGCUCCUGCUUCGCCCCUGUGCGCGGCACUCUGCAAGGAGGGAAGCUCGUGGCUAUCCCACUGGUCUUGCUCGCCUGCUGGAGGGGCGAAGGCGAAAUUGAAAGCGAUGGGCCGAAUCCGAGGCUGCGGCCCAGGCAUCAUCUCCACUACGACGAUCGGGUCAUGGAUGUACGUGAUGGGCUGCCAAAGUAUGCUGCUGGCCUGCGCGACACAGGUCGACUUCCAGAGAGGGAGUGGUGA